GGUGUCUCUAAAGCAAUUUUGGAAGGUGCUGGGAAAGAGGUUGAGGAUGAAUGUGCUGAACUAGCCUCGCAGCCUAAUGAUGGCUAUAUAACCACAAAAGCAGGAAGCUUGCCGUGCAAAAAAAUAAUCCAUUUUGUCGCUCAAGAUGAUGUUAAAGUGCCAGUCUCCAAAGUGCUUCAGGAAUGUGAAUUACAGCAGUGCACCUCUGUUACCUUUCCAGCGAUUGGAACAGGUCAGGCAGGCCGUUUUCCAGAUACAGUAGCCGAUGAGAUGAUGGAUGCAAUAACUGAGUUUGCAAGGAUGAACUCUACUCCAUCUGUGAAAACUAUUAAAAUUGUCAUUUUUCAGCCACAUCUGCUGGACGUGUUCCAUACAAGCAUGAAAAAAAGAGAAAAUCCUGGUAAAACAAAAUCAAAAUCACUUAUUUCCAAGAUGGCAUCGUUUGCGUCUCUCAUUGUAGCAUUCCUGAUCCGUGAGAAACAUCCUCCGAAGGAAAAACGCAAAGCAGUUUUGGAAAAUAAAGUUGAUCAGGCUGUUGUUCAGAUUUGCGGUGAAAACGAGAAACAAGUGGAAGAAGCGGAAACCCUGCUGAAAAGUACAAUUCUGAAGGAACAGUUUCAAAGAGAAAUCAAGGAUGACUCCAUCUUGGAUUUUGAUGAGGCAGAGAAUGAGGAACUGCGUGACCUACAAAAGAGAUUAAAUAUUGCUCUGUUCUUGGGAGACAACUUUAUUCGAAUUACAGGAUUUAGCAAAGAUGUCUGGUUUGCUUACUCAAGUAUCCAAGACAUGAUCCACAGGGUUAAAACUGCUAAAUAUGAAGCAAUCAAGGCAGAACUUUAUCAAAACUUAAUUGAGUGGAAAUAUUUGGAAAAAGAUUCCUACGUGUCCUUUGACAGUAUGACAAAUAUGCGCUUGGAAAAUGCUUUUAUAAGAAAGCAGAAAGAUGUUUCAGUCGUCAUUAACAAGAAAAAGUACAUGGUGAAUAUGGAAGGUAGAUACGCUACAGAUGGGGAAGGACAACGUAUAACACUUACACGUACUGAUAAAUCUGCAGAUCAGGAAUCAACAGCACUCCCCGAAACAUGGGACGAUAUGCAAAAUCAGCAGCUCAAAAUAGUGGAAUUGAAACCGUAUACAAAAGACUACAAACACGUGAAGGAAAGGUUUCUGAAGACCUCUCCAUCACUAAAUCUAAAAAUCGAAAAGAUCGAAAGGGUACAGAACCCAUCUUUGUGGAAAGUCUACCAAAUAAAAAAGUGUCAAAUGGAUGACAAAAACGGCAACAACAAUAAUGAGAAGUUUCUGUUCCAUGGGACAAGUGCACAGUCGUUAACCUUCAUUAACAACUAUGGAUUUAACCGCAGCUAUGCUGGAAUGCACGCUGCACAGUUUGGAAAUGGAACUUACUUUGCUGUUAAUGCCAGCUAUUCUGCUAAUGACACCUACUCCAAACCAGAUGCAAAUGGGAAGAAGCACAUGUACCUGGCUCGAGUCCUUGUUGGACAGUAUUCCCAGGGGACACAAGGAGCAAUUACUCCAGCAGCAAAGAGUGUUGGCAACAGUGUGGAUCUGUUUGACAGUUCAACUGAUAAUGUGAACAAUCCAUCCAUGUUUAUCAUAUUUAGUGAUAUUCAAGCUUACCCGGAGUACCUCAUCACUUUCACUAGAUGAGCAUUUUGAUUGCAGCCAUGAUUGCAUGUCUCUUAGCUUUUAUUUUAUAAAUCAGUCCUACAGAUCAACCAAAUAUGCAGCAAAAACUAUUUAUAGUUCUAUCAAAUUAAUUUCUAAAGGCCUUUUUUAGUUUAAGCAGCCUCUGGUUCUUUUUGAUAUCGUGAACAUAGACUAAUGUUUUUCCUCUCAGAGUAGUAGCUGAAUGCAUUUAAGACAAGUGUAAUCUGGCAGGUAAUGUAACAGCAGUUUUCAGUAGCUGUCCUACGCCUCCCCUAUUGUGAUCCUCCAUGCUGUAUUCCGGCCAUCCUAGCUGCAGCAGUGCUGGUGGGAGAGAGUGCAAGACUGAGUGCUUGGUCUCACAUUUCUGAAAGAGUGAGAAGCUGUCAUCAGUUGCGAUGCAGACUGUCAUUCACAGUUCUCAAUAAAUGAACUAUCUGUACUUAA